AUGACAACUAAAGAUCAGUCUCCAGUUGUCAACGUUUUCAUCUGGGCUUCGACCAGCACCCCUCCCGCGUGUUCAGAAUUUGGCCAGAAAGGAUUCCUUCACAACCCUACCACCGCGAAAGUUUCUCGUGCUCAAUCCCCAUGCGAGUCUCACCACCUGAUCGCCGAACCCCAGUCAUUCGACGUUCGUACGCGCAGAAGGCGGCAGCGGGCGGCCUUUUCCUGCGGAGACUGGGUGAGCGCGGGACUGUGCCACGGGAGGUGGGGGGACGCGGCGGCCGCGCCGGAGAUUCCAGCGCGUAACCCUGGAAGCGCGAGUGCUCCGCGCGAGUGUGGUGAUGCGCUCUUUACGCACGGCGAUCGCGGAAUUCCGCCAGGCGGAAGUGGGGAGAGAGCGGAUGCGGCACCAGCCAGACCCGACAGCCAUGCGAAGACACCGCCAUCGCUAGAAGAAACCCCUGUUGGCUUUGAGCCAAGCCAAGCAUCGCGGGAUAAGGCGCGAGUCGCGUCCGAAGAGGCGGGCGGUCCGGUUUGUCAUUUGGAAAAGAGCGGCGCGUUACGGGAUGGGAGGGUUGCUGUGUCCGCCGCGCUUGAUCUGCGAGAAGAAGUAGCAGGCUGUGCGAGGGUUUGCGAACCGGUGUGCCCGCCGGGCGACGAGUGUGCGAUGGAGUGCGAGUGCGCGAAGGCGGUCAAGGCCCACUCUUCUUCGUCGCAAUCCUCUACUUUGACGGCGGCAGGUGCGACAGCUGCGACGGGUUCGGCAGAUGCGGUGGAUGCGAUAGAUGCGACGGAUGCGACGGAUGCGACGGGUGGGAACGCGCUAAACCCUACGAGCGCAUGGAACGCUUUGGUAGCGUCAGGCAAUGAGGCAGUACGUGGCGGUGAUGGUAGCAGGAGCAGCAGUAGCAGCAACAGCACGGUCAUCGCUUCUUCCGCGUCGCCCUCUUUCCCUCCGCCUGUCCUCCGCGCGCCAUGUGCUCCCGCAGCGCAGCUUUCGCUUGCGGAAGAGGCGGGCGGGGCGCAUGAGCGGGAAACAGAUGCGCAAGAUGCUUACGGUACAACGGCGCUUCGAGAUGCGCGGGCGGCGCUGGAUUUGGGAGGCGGAGGGGACAUGGCUGGUCACGAGGGGGAGGAAGAAGGGGGAGCGGCGGAACGGCAAGCCGGGGAAGUUGUGUGGCGUGUGUUUGGAGCUGUCUGGGUUGCGGAGGAAGGGCGCGUGGGGGAGGAUGAGCAAACUUUGGGUGUGGAAAGUUCGUGGCGUGAAAGGCAGCGGGGGUUAAGGAGGACGGCGAUGCAGGUUGGCAAUGGGGGAGAGAAGCUGACAGAGGGAGAGGGGAGAAUUCCAUUGAAGAGAGGGGAGAGGAGGGUAGGGAGGGGUGAGGAGAGGCGGAGAGGUAUACCGGAAGACGCAGAGGCAGGGGAGGAGGAGGAGGAGGAGGAGGAGGAAGAGGAAGAGAGGGUGGAGGAAAGGGAAGGAGCGGCGGUUCAGAGGUUUAGCAAACGGAGGCAUGCGGUUGAAGCCGGGCGCGGUGUUCGGGGAUUCAGGCACACGGCAGUGCAGCCAUACACUGAAAAGGGGAGUGGAGCGGAGAGGAUGCGUGGGAAUGUGGAAGGUCAGCCACACCGCGAGAAGCAUGCGAGAGGCAAGCGGGUGCGUGUGAUCCGGGGGCCCCUGUCACAGCAGCCGCUCUUGGCGAAGUGCCGAGUGGCACUUGCUCACGCACAGGAGGGGAGGAAGGCAGCGAGCAUGCGCGUGGGGAAGGGGAAUCGCAGUGAGCCAAAGGCAGACGUGGUGGGAGGCGAAAGGGAGGAAGCUGAUGAUGAGGUGGUGGAGGUGCUUGCAACGAAGGGUGUUGCUGCUACUGCUGCAGCAGCAGCGAGUGAAGGCAGCAAUGGUGACAGCCUUUCUGGGAGUUCCGUUCCGUUGAGCCGGCCUGGGAUCUCGUUGGUUCGCAGGAUGGGGUUGCAGGCGCUAGUGAAGGCCUUUCGAGGCGCCACCAACUCUUGGAAGGGCAAGUCGCCUUACACGUCGCCGGGAGGGAAUUCGACGCUGACCACGAGCCUCGCGCUCGUCCUCGUCUUCCUCGUCUCCAUGUGGCUCUUCACUUCGCCGGCAAAGAGUCCAUCCAACCAAUUGCAGCGCAUAGCGGACGAUGCGGUGUACACGGCGGUGGUGGUGGAGGAGCGGCGCGAGGAGUCCGCGGAGAGGCAGGCGGCGCAGUACGAGGGGGAGAAGGCGCAGGAGGCGCGCGAGCAGGCGAAGGUGGCGGCGGAACUGCAGCAAGUGGAGGAGCGGAUAAAGGAGCUGGGCGGUAGCGAUGCUGACGUGGAGCGCAAGACCAGCCGCAAGGAGGGUCCUGCUGACGACAGCAAGGCGGAGUCGCUGCCGAGCCAAGCGGCGGAGUCGAAGGUGGAGCAGGCGCACGCGGAGACCGAGACCGACACCGAGGAAAGCAGCACCGCCGAGAACAGCGACGCGACGGGCGACACUCCCGAGACAGGCGCGGCGAGCAAGGGGGAGGAAGAUGACGCGGAGAAGGAGGAGAAGGCGGAGAAGGCGCAAGAGGAUGGGGAAGAACGCGGCGAGGAAGCUUCUGCGUCGCGGCCGACGUCGGUGGCGCCGUAUCCGCUGUGCGUAGAGCAGAGCGACGACUACAUCCCGUGCCUGGACAACGAGAAGGCGCUGAAGCAGCUCAAGAGCACGAGCCACUACGAGCACCGCGAGCGGCACUGCCCCGCCGUGGACGAGGUGCCGCGCUGCGUGCUGCCGCUGCCCGACGGGUACAAGCCGCACAUCACGUGGCCCGAGAGCCGCGACCAGAUCUGGUACAGCAACGUGCCGAAGCCGUCGUUGGCGUCGUACAAGGCGGACCAGAACUGGGUGAAGGCGGACGGCGACAAGUUCCUCUUCCCGGGCGGCGGCACGCAGUUCAAGUACGGCGCCACGCGCUACAUCGAAUGGGUGCACGACGUGUGUCCGGAGCUGGCGUGGGGCAAGCACGUGCGCGUGGUGCUGGACAUGGGGUGCGGCGUGGCGAGCUUCGGCGCGUACCUGGACGCGUUCGACGUGCGCGUGAUGUCCGUGGCGCCCAAGGACGAGCACGACGCGCAGAUCCAGUUCGCGCUCGAGCGCGGCGUGAGCGCGCUCGUCGGCGUCAUGGGCACGCAGCGCCAGCCGUACCCCGCGAACUCGUUCGACGCGGUCCACUGCGCGCGCUGCCGCGUGCCGUGGCACAUCGAGGGCGGGAAACUGCUGCUGGAGCUCAACCGGCUGAUCCGUCCCGGCGGGUAUUUCAUCUGGUCCGCCACGCCGCUGUGCCUGCACUGCUCCGCCAAGGAGCCUGAUGACAAGGAGAUCUGGAGCGCGAUGCGCAAGCUGACGAAGAACAUGUGCUGGAAGCGGCUGACGAAGAAGGUGCACCGCGAGUUUGGCAUCGGCGUGGCCGUGUGGCAGAAGCCGCUCGACAACGAGUGCUACGACGCGCGCCCGCGCAAGACCAUCCCGCCCAUGUGCCCCGACGGCAACCGCGCGGACGCCGCCUGGUACGAGCCAAUGGAGGCGUGCAUGCACCGCAUACCCUCCGCCAAGGCGCUCGUCUCGUGGCCCGCGGAGGGGCGCAACCGACUGGUGACCGCGCCCGCGCGCAUGGCGGAGGUGGCGCGCGGGCUGUUUGGCAAGGCGGGCCCCGCGGACUUUGACGCGGACACUGAGUUCUGGGAGCGCGAGACCAAGCGCUACUCGCGCCACCUCAACAUGGACUGGACGACGGUGCGGAACGUCAUGGACAUGGACGCGCACUAUGGCGGAUUCGGCGCGGGCAUUUCCGACAAGCCGCUGUGGACCAUGAAUGUAGUCCCAGUUGGGAACGCGAGUGAGAGUGUGGGGCUGGACACGCUGCCCAUCGUGUUUGACCGCGGGCUGCUGGGCGCGUACCACGACUGGUGCGAGGCCUUCAACACCUACCCGCGCACCUUGGCCGCAUGGUGCGUGCAGCCUAUGGGGUGCAUCGUGCCAUGGUGCCAUCCUGUAUGCGCACUCUCCCGUGCCCACUCUCAUAUGCGCACUCUCAGGUGUGACGUGGAGGCAGUGAUGCUAGAGAUGGACCGCAUUCUGCGCCCCAUGGGGUACGUGAUCAUCCGCGACACGGCGCCGCACCUGCCGCGCAUCGAGGCCAUUGCGAAGCAGCUGCACUGGGAGGUGAAGAAGGCGUUCCGGCGCCCCGGCAGCUCGGUGAUCAGUUUCCAGAAGACCAUGUGGCGCCCCGUUGCUGCUUAG